AUGUCUUUCUUACAAAGCUUUCUUCAACGUUACACGCCGACUGUAAAAGCAGAAGAAGAGGAAGAAGAAUUGAUUGAUCCUCAAACAGUACUCCGUGUAAGUAAAAAUUGUUAUAUAAUAUUUGUUCCAACGAUUCAAAACUUCAUCUCGAGAUUUUAUAAUUAUUAUCUGUUACUGAAAUUAUUCUUUUAAAUGAUCAUUAAUCAUUCUAUUGCAUACAAGUCGAUUAACCAAUUUACCUUGCAUGGAACGACUGAAACAAUGUUUAUAAUUAACAUAUUAUUGAUACGUUAAUCCUAUAUUUUUUAAAAUUAAAAAUUCUGGAGUAACCUCUUUGUUAUUAAAAUUUUGCUUGUUAAUUGUAAAGUAACAGUAAUAUGUUUCAAUUUUUUUUAAUAUUAAAGCUUUAUUACACUGUUACAGUGUUAUGUAUAAUGUAUUAAUUAAAUAUUUGUAAAUAUUAAUCCUUCAAAAUUAUCUUUUUUAUAUAUAAAAUAUAAUUCAACGUAAAAAUAUACAAUUAUUUUCCUCUUAGGACAAAUGUUCGAAACAACAGAAAUGUUGUGCUUUGCAAGAGAAACUGGAUACCUGUAACCAACGUGUAAAUUCAAGAAGUCAAACAGAAGAAACUUGUAUGGAAGAAUUAAUUGAUUAUGUAGAAUGUGUAGACCAUUGCGUAGCAAAAACACUUUUCAAUAAUCAUUACCUGCAUUGUUCACUGGAUAUUGUGACAUACAUUCCAAAAAAAGUUCACAUAUAUUUGCAGCAUUAUCUUUUCCGCACCUAGCUAAUUCGUGUAAAGGAUUUCUUCCUUUAAGAUUUACAGCUUCUGCAUCCAAUGUACAUUCAGUCAAAAGUGUUCUUACCACUGAUACAUGACCUUCUCUUACAGCUACAUGCAAUGCAUUGUCACCAUCUGCAUUUACUGCAUCAAAAUUAAUAUUGUUCUAAAAUAAGAAAUUAAACAAUUUAAUUUAUUUUAUAUUAUGAUUUUUUAUAUCUUAAAGAUCCUUUAUACAUGUACAAGUUAUUGUAUUCACCUGCAAUAAAGCAGAUACAAUUGCUGCAUGACCAGCUUUAGCAGCAGCAUGCAAUGCAGUAUUUCUGUUUGCAUCUGUAUCGUUAACACGUGCACCAGCCAAUAUUAAACUUCUCACCAACAUUUCAUUUCCAGAAAUUGCAGCAAGAUGUAAAGGUGGAGUUUGUGUAACAUCAUGAACUCUAGAAUUUACAUCUACCUAUAAAAUAAGAAUAAUUUCAUUGUAUAUCUAUUUCAUUAAAUUGAUUUUUUUAAAAACAUCAAAUUUUUAAAUAAAUAUAUUUUUUUUAAAACAUCAAAUUUUUAAAUAAAUAUAUUUUUUAAAAACAUCAAAUUUUUAAAUAAAUAUAUUUUUUUAAAAACAUCAAAUUUUUAAAUAAAUUUUUAAAUAAAUAUACAUUCAAAACUAUAAAACGUUAUUCACUUGUAUAGACAAUAGAAAUAAUAUGUUUUCCAUAUCAUUCUUUUGAAUAGCAGUAUGUAAGAAGUUUCUGCCUUUAUUGUCAUACUGUUCAGCAGCUUUAGGUAGGCGUUCCAGUAUAGCUUGAGCAGCUUUGUUAUUCCGAAAUGUUAGAGCUGUUGCAAAAGGCGUUAAACCUUUCUUAUCACGUUUAUUUAAAUCAAUGCUAGGAUGACAAAGCAACAGAGAAAUAAUUUGUGAAUGUUGAUUUUGUAUGGCUACGUGAACCGGAGUUUUGCCCUCGACAUCUCUAGCAUUUACGUCAGCACCAUGUUCAAUGAGUGUUUGUACAACUUGUUCUAAACCCCACUGACAACAUAAAUGUAGUGGAGUACACUCAUCUCUUGAUUCAUCGCCUCCAACACCAUCUGGACCAGGUCUUCUAGGUGCGUUUAAAUCACAGCCACUGCAACAUAUUAUUUUAGAAUUUAAUAUCAUAAUUAUUAUUAAUUUAGAGUUAA